GAUCAAGACGAGGGGUCCAAACAACCACUCAAUUUUUCUACCCAGGGGGCUUUGGAUCCGCGCCGAAAUCAUGCGCUCCAAAUUCCACUCUCUAGGCACCACCCCGAUAACCUCCAGGCACUCACUAACCUGCACAAGGUCAUUUCUAUCGAAACGGACCCUGGCAAGUUUAACCGCAAAUACGACUCCCGUCACCAGUAGAAGCGAAGCCAAAGCGGAUAGACCAGUUCCCAAACCCAAGAAUGACCUUUUCAGAAAGAAUUUUGUGCCGUCGGAGAUUGAAGCCGGCUGGUAUGAUUACUGGGUAUCCCGUGGCUUCUUCGAGCCCCGAAGGAAUCGCCCCAAGAAGGAAAUUCAUAUGCUUCUCCCGCCUCCAAACGUUACCGGACAACUACACAUCGGACAUGCGCUCAUGCUCUCAAUACAAGACGCUCUAGCACGAUGGUACCGCAUGAAGGGUUACGACGUAUUCUGGCGGCCGGGGACUGACCACGCGGGCAUAGCGACGCAGUCUGUAGUAGAGAGGAUGCUGGAGGUGAGGCGGGGGCUUACGAAAGAGGAGUUAGGAAGGGAAGGGUUUAGUCUGGAGUAUUAUACACUGGAUAAGAAUCUUAGUGGAGUGGUUACGAAGGCGUUUGUCAAGCUGUACAAUGACGGGAUGAUUUAUCGGGAUACAAGGAUGGUAAACUGGAGCCCGCAAUUGCAAACUGCUAUUUCGGACAUUGAAGUUGUAUGGAAGGAGAUCGAGGGCAAGACGAUCAUUGACAAGGCUGAGUUUGGUGUUCUCCAUUCCUUCGCAUAUGCACUAGAAGACGGAAGUGGGGAGAUUGUCGUCUCGACCACAAGACCUGAGACAAUCCCAGCAGACAGAGCUAUUGCCGUCCACCCCGACGAUGAGAGGUACAAGCAUUUACACUACAAAUAUGCUUACCACCCCUUACUGCCAGACGUCAAGCUUCCGAUCAUCCCAGACGCAGAGCUAGUGGAUCCGGAAUUUGGCACGGGGGUGGUCAAGAUCACGCCAUGUCACGAUCCCAGAGACUUUGCAUUCUGGAAACGACACACCUCCCCAGGCGCUGACAGGGAAGUCGACAUUCCCCUAGUAGCCCUUUUUACAGAGACCGGGCGAAUCAAACCCGAAGCCAGAAUCCAGUCACUCAUUGGCAAAGACCGCCUGGAAGCCCGGAGACUAGUUGUAACCCUCUUGGAAGACCGAAAUGUGUAUCGCGGGGCAAAGGAGCACCCCAUGCGGAUCGCUACGUGCGAACGCUCUGGCUGCGUCAUUGAGCCAAUGAUACGGCCGCAGUGGUACCUGAAGAUGGAAUCACUAGCAAAAGCGACCUUAGAAGCCACCAGGGUCGGGGUAUUGAGGAUCGUGCCUGGCGACCCGUAUAGGGAAUCCUGGAUUAAGUGGCUGCAAGAGACACAGGAUUGGUGCUUGUCGAGGCAGAUAUGGUGGGGCCACCGUGUACCCGCGUAUCGAGUUAUCGACCCUUCUGGCAAGGUGCCUGGAAGAUGGAUCGUAGCCGCUAGCGAGUGGGAGGCCAGGGCUGAAAUGACACCAGAGGAGAGAGAUGGCUGUAGUCUUGAGCAAGAUCCAGAUGUGCUUGACACCUGGUUUUCAUCCGGGCUUCUGCCGCUCAGUACUUCGGGGUGGGAUGGCGGAAAUAGCGAUGAAGUCGCCCUCAAGUAUCCUCUGAGCUUCAUUGAAAGCGGCGGUGAUAUUUUGUUCUUUUGGUUGGCAAGAAUGGCUAUGCUAUGCUACUAUUUUGUGGGAGAACUUCCGUUCAAAGAGAUACUCCUGCACCCACUAGUAUGCGACGCCAAUGGCAAGAAGAUGUCUAAAUCAGUGGGAAACGUGCUAGACCCACUGGCCGUUAUCAACGGACGAACCCGGGACGAGAUUGUUAGAACCAUCAAGAGGGAAUACAGGCACGAGAUCAAGAAAUGUAGAAGAGUGCCAGAACGAUUCAACCCCCUCGAGAAGGAAAUCAAGAGAAAACUGCAAGAGGCAAAAGUUCUAUACGGGCCAACCGGUAUUCGUGAGAGCGGCGCGGAUGCGCUAAGGAUGGCUUUGAUAGAUUUCACCAAACAGCCCAGGGAGAUCAAAAUGGAUCUGAGACAGGUUAACACAUUCCGGCAGCUCAAUGUAAAGCUCUGGAACGCCGUCAAGCACUUACAUCUUGCCAAAGCCAAUGCCGAAAUAGUGACAAAGACUCCCAUCCCGAUCCUUCCGAUUGAUCUGGUCAUUCCGAGAAAGGAUUUCGCCCAACUGACUAGCAGAACACUCAAUAUGCAUGACUGGUUUAUGAUCGAUCGUCUGCGUGAAGUCACAGAAGCCUGCGGGACGGCCUUUAAGGACAGGGCCCUGUAUAAGGCUACGAAGUCAAUCAGGUCAUUCAUCUACAAUGACUUCUGCGACGUAUUCCUGGAGUUUCAGAGAACGGAUAUGGCCCCCGACUCAGACCCUAAAAAGCGCCAACUAGCCAUAAGCCUAACAACCCACGCCCUAGACAUCCUCGUCCGCUUAAUGCACCCCUUCGCCCCGUUCCUCACAGAAAGCAUCUGGCAGCGCCUCGAUCCAGAGCGACAGGCUGCCGAGGCAAACACCAUCAUGCGAGAGCCCUACCCAAUACUAGAACACAUCCCAAGGAUCGAAUCCUCAUUGGUAACCCCAAUGCGCUACGUCCUCGAUCUGGUAUCCAAGUUGCGAACCCAGGCUGGGACAGCCAGGGAGAGACAGGAGGCGAUAGUAUAUAUCACCCCCAGGCAGCCAACGCUGGCAAACUACCUGAAGGAAAAAAUGAGGAUAUUGCAGACCAUAACUAAGGUAAAUGUGAAUGUGACCACGAAUGAACAUGAUAUCGGAAGUAUCCAGGAUGUUCCAGCUCAGGGAGCGGAAGAGGAGGUAGAGACCGUCUGGCAGACCUAUAAUGAGGCGCUGGGAGACGGAAGGGUUAGGACGGUUUUCAAAUUUCAGGAUGUUAGAGAGCGUUGGCCGAGGUCGCAGGAUCAGGACCAGGGAUAGAGGUAGUGACAGUGUAUUAUACAGUAAAUAUGUCUAUCAUAGAAAUAAUAGGAAGCUGAACCCCUC